AUGAACAAACUGCCCGCCGAGCUCAAGGAUAUGGUGUGCAGCUUUUUGACUCCCUAUCAGCUUAGACCUGUCCGUCUAGUCUCCAAGGCCUUCUAUCAGGCAGCAGCUUUACACUACAAGGUCCCCAGAAUCUUCCUUUUCAACCACCCCAACAGUCUCAAAGAGCUGGACAACAUCACAAGCCAUCCAGUCUACAGAGAUGAUAUCACGACGAUCAUCAUCGAUCCCACAUCAAUUCCGAAAAUGAAGGACCAACAUGAUUGCGUCCGCAAUAUACCCGCUGUUUGGCGUGUCCCUCGAUGGGAAGACUUUGCUCCCCCUCCCCAAGAAAUAUUCAAUGGAGUGGAUAGAGUGCUCCAAUUGUUUUACGCGGCUCUCGGUGCAACAUACAUGUACGACAAGGCUUGGGAUGACGCCAUACUCUCAGAGAGCCAGGUUGAAACAACAUGGCAGACUCACAAUGAGGUUCAGUCCUACCAAGAGAGCACCAAUGUGUCUGCGGUAAUCUGCAGCAAACUCCAACUAGCUUUCAAUUGCUGUCCAAAGCUGAGGCACAUCGUUCUUACUUCUGAUCAUCCAAAGUACAGUGCAGGAAGCAACAAGAAGCAGAGCAUCUUCGAGAACGUCAUUUUAGGUACAGAUUCAGAACAACCUAAGCCUCAACCUCGAAUUGGCCUCGACGACAUACUGCCAGUCGCUCAUGCUGGGAGUUGGCCUGUUGAGACGUUGACGAUAUACAACAUAGAGUUGCGCAAGUGGACGAGUCAAACCGUGAUACUAUGGGAUCUUUUGCAUCUCCGCGCGUUGAACGAUAUAGGCCACUUUCAUACUGCGCUCUUCGAUAUCAUGAACGUUGCUCCGAACCUAAAGACUCUGUGGGUACGAACCAACUCAUUGGAUGAUGACAUCCCUUCCUGGGGGGGGAUUCUGCGCAACAUCCACCUGGCACAUCUGGAAGAGCUCUUCUUUGAGUACAUUUAUUUUGACAAGGAUAAUCUGGUCGGCUUCUUAGUUCGCCAUGCCAGUUCUUUACGCUCGUUGGCCAUGCGAGAGGUAGUCAUAUCUGGAGGGUGGCCCGGAUUACUAAGAAGUUUGGGACAUCAACUGCCGAACUUGAACAAAGUUUCGUUGGACUUCCUGACCGGUCAACAAGCAAAUUAUGUCGCCUGGUAUAAGGAUUCAUUCAUGAUCGACGCCGAGUCUUUCUUGUUACAUGGAGGGCAUUUACCUGUUGAGCAGUUCAUCCGGAAGAGAUAUGAAAAUGAUUUCCAUAACCCCGACAGGUUAGUGAGAAUUCAGAUGGACAUCCCACCCGGGCUCUAG